AAGCCCAACCGGCACGCCACUCUAAACACCGACCCCAUCCUCUUCGGUCUAACGAACCUCAUCAUCUUAUCCCGUUCCCAUCAUCAUCAUCAUCAUCAUGUAUAAAUCCAUCACCUCGUCUCCCUCUUCGUCGCUCGUCAGAAAGCUCUCCUCCUCCUCUUCCUCCUCCUCUUCUCUGAAAGCCGCAGCUCCCGCCGGCGCUCUGAGCUCUUCGAGAUCGAUCAGUCUCGCCGUCGCCGGGCGAUUCGAGAGGAGAAUGGCUACACUUGCCACCGAUCAUGCGUUUCAAGGCGUGUUGACAAGCCUUCCGAGGCCGGGAGGAGGAGGAGAGUUCGGAAAGUACUACAGUUUGCCUGCUCUCAAUGACCCAAGAGUCGACAAGCUACCGUAUUCUAUUAGGAUUCUUCUUGAGUCAGCCAUCCGGAACUGUGAUAACUUCCAGGUCACAAAGAAUGAUGUCGAGAAGAUUAUUGACUGGGAGAAUACCUCCCCAAAGCAAGUUGAGAUUCCAUUUAAGCCUGCACGUGUUCUUCUGCAGGAUUUUACUGGUGUGCCAUCUGUUGUCGAUCUGGCCUGUAUGCGAGAUGCUAUGAACAAGCUAGGAAGUGAUUCUAAUAAGAUCAAUCCAUUGGUUCCAGUAGAUCUUGUGAUUGACCACUCUGUGCAGGUAGAUGUGGCAAGAUCUGAAAAUGCAGUUCAGGCAAACAUGGAACUUGAGUUCCAGAGGAACAAAGAGCGAUUUGGUUUCCUUAAAUGGGGGUCUACUGCUUUCCACAAUAUGCUUGUUGUUCCUCCUGGCUCAGGUAUUGUUCACCAGGUUAACUUGGAAUACCUUGGCCGUGUUGUUUUCAAUACUGAAGGCAUGUUGUACCCAGAUAGUGUGGUUGGAACUGAUUCUCACACAACAAUGAUAGACGGAUUAGGAGUAGCUGGAUGGGGAGUUGGAGGUAUCGAAGCGGAGGCUGCAAUGCUUGGUCAACCUAUGAGCAUGGUUUUGCCUGGGGUUGUCGGGUUCAAGCUAUCCGGAAAACUACGUGAUGGGGUUACGGCAACGGAUCUUGUUUUGACUGUGACACAGAUGUUGAGGAAGCAUGGUGUAGUCGGCAAGUUUGUGGAGUUCUAUGGCAGUGGUAUGGGUGAGUUAUCACUGGCUGAUAGGGCAACUAUUGCUAACAUGUCACCUGAGUAUGGGGCAACCAUGGGAUUCUUUCCUGUAGAUCAUGUUACCUUACAGUAUCUAAGGUUGACUGGAAGAAGUGAUGAAACUGUGACUAUGAUCGAGGAAUAUCUGCGGGCAAACAAGAUGUUUGUUGAUUAUAGUGAGCCUCAGAAGGAAAGAUUAUACUCGUCCUACUUGGAGUUGGACCUUGCUGAGGUCGAUCCUUGCGUUUCUGGUCCAAAGAGACCUCAUGAUCGAGUUCUGUUAAAGGAGAUGAAAACAGAUUGGCAUGCCUGUCUUGACAACAAAAUGGGAUUCAAGGGAUUUGCAGUACCAAAGGAAUCACAAGGAAAAGUUGUAAAGUUCUCUUUUCACGGACAACCUGCAGAGCUUCGACAUGGCAGUGUGGUCAUAGCAGCCAUUACAAGUUGCACCAACACUUCGAAUCCUAGUGUCAUGCUUGGUGCUGCCCUUGUUGCAAAGAAGGCUUGUGAAUUAGGUCUUGAGGUCAAACCGUGGAUUAAAACAAGUCUUGCCCCUGGUUCAGGAGUUGUUACAAAAUAUUUACAGAAGAGUGGCUUACAGAAGUAUCUUAAUCAGCAAGGCUUUCAUAUAGUUGGAUAUGGUUGCACAACAUGUAUUGGAAAUUCGGGAGAUCUUGAUGAAUCUGUUGCUUCAGCAAUCACAGAAAAUGACAUUGUUGCUGCUGCCGUUCUUUCUGGAAAUCGGAACUUUGAGGGCCGGGUCCAUCCCCUCACUCGUGCGAAUUAUCUUGCUUCACCUCCCCUUGUUGUAGCAUAUGCUCUUGCUGGCACGGUUGACAUUGAUUUCGAAAAAGAACCAAUUGGAACAGGAAAGGAUGGGGAAAAUGUAUAUUUCAAGGACAUAUGGCCAUCUUCAGAAGAAAUAGCGGAGGUUGUUCAAUCAAAUGUAUUGCCAGAUAUGUUCAAGAGCACUUAUGAGGCAAUUACUAAAGGCAAUCCAAUGUGGAACCAGCUUUCAGUCCCAGCCUCAACUCUUUACUCAUGGGAUCCUAGUUCUACCUACAUUCACGAGCCCCCUUACUUUAAAAAUAUGACUAUGGAUCCACCUGGACCCCAUGGAGUGAAAGAUGCUUACUGUUUGUUGAACUUUGGAGAUAGUAUUACAACCGAUCACAUUUCACCAGCAGGAAGCAUUCACAAGGAUAGCCCAGCUGCAAAGUUCCUCGUUGAGCGAGGAGUGGACCGCAAAGACUUCAAUUCUUAUGGCAGCCGUCGUGGCAAUGAUGAAGUGAUGGCUAGGGGUACUUUUGCUAACAUUCGCAUUGUGAAUAAACUUUUGAAGGGAGAAGUGGGACCAAAGACAAUCCACAUUCCAACAGGCGAGAAGCUUUAUGUGUAUGAUGUGGCAAUGAGGUAUAAGGCUGAUGGGCAUGACACCAUAGUCAUUGCCGGAGCAGAAUAUGGUAGUGGAAGCUCACGGGAUUGGGCUGCCAAGGGCCCAAUGUUGCUGGGAGUGAAAGCGGUGAUUGCUAAGAGCUUUGAGAGAAUCCAUCGCAGCAACUUAGUUGGUAUGGGUAUAAUUCCGCUGUGUUUCAAACCUGGUGAGGAUGCUGAUACACUGGGCUUGACUGGUCACGAGCGGUAUUCAAUUGACCUCCCAAGCAACAUCAGCGAGAUACGACCUGGUCAGGAUGUCACAGUAGUAACAGAUGCUGGGAAAUCGUUCACUUGUACUUGUCGCUUUGAUACUGAGGUGGAGUUGGCUUACUUCGACCAUGGCGGCAUUCUUCAUUAUGUCAUCAGGAAUCUGAUCAAAUCUCAGAAGUGAGCUACUUCAUGUCUGGGGUUAUAUAGAGAGAUAUAUAUACAAGUACUCGUGUCUAAUAAUCUCAAGCUCGCUACGUUUUAUGUUCCCAAGGUCUUCGCGUCACGUACAAAGAAACCGAGCAUCAUAGUAGAAAUCAAAGUGUCCAAUAAAUACUUGAUGAGAGUUGCAGGGGAUAAAAUUUGCGAAGUCACGUCGAGACUUCAAUGGGCAUUACUGUAAAUUUGUGGGGAGGUUUCAGCGUGAAUUUUGUUGUAUGUUUAAGUCUUCUUUUUGUCCAAUAAUAUCAGAUGCUGGCCAUGCGUACGUUUUAUAUUUUCAUGUUUCAGUUUUAUUCA